CAAGUCCCAAAGGCAUCAUUCACUGCACAUCUGUAAUGAACCAGGCCCUGAGCCCGGCCUUGGCUUCUUGCUGGUGACCGGAACUCCAUCCGUGGGUCUUGAAGCGAUCACACUCGGCUGAAAGAUGAGUGACGGGCAAUGGGUCUGUCUCUCAUCAGAAGAAUUUGAUCAACUUCAGAAAUACUCUGAAUAUUCCUCCAAGAAGAUAAAAGAUGUGUUGGCUGAGUUUAAUGAAAGUGGAAGCCUCAAGCAAUAUGACCCACACAAGCCCAUUAGCUAUGAUGUCUUCAAGCUGUUCAUGAGGGCAUACCUGGAGGUGGAUCUUCCUCAGCCACUGAGCACAAACCUCUUCCUGGCCUUCAGCCAGAAGCCCAGACAAGAGACACCUGACCACCCAAAGGAGGGGGCCAGCAGUAGUGAGCCCAAUGUCUCAGAUUCUAAUGCGGAGAGCACUGCCAAAGCGGAUGCUGCCUGCGCUCCAGACACCGAAUCAAAACUGAUCAAGACACAAGUACCAUCUGAAGAACUAGAGGCUGCAGCCCCAUGGGGAGAACCUAAUGCUCUGGCUUCAAGCUCCGAUGCCCCCAUAGUGUACCUGAAGGAUGUCGUGUGUUACUUGUCCCUGAUAGAGACCGGGAGGCCUCAGGAUAAACUAGAAUUCAUGUUUCGUCUCUAUGAUUCGGAUGAAAAUGAGCUCCUGGACCAAGCGGAGUUGGAUCAAAUUGUGAGCCAAAUGCUGCAUGUCGCCCAGUACCUGGAGUGGGAUCCCACAGAGCUCAGACCUAUACUGAAGGAGAUGUUGCAAGGCAUGGACUACAACAAGGAUGGCUUCGUGUCUCUAGAGGAGUGGGUCAAUGGGGGGAUGACCACCAUCCCGUUGCUGGUCCUCCUGGGAAUGGAUGACUCCGCCUCCAAGGGGGAUGGGAGGCACGCCUGGACCCUGAAGCACUUCAAGAAGCCCACUUACUGCAACUUCUGCCACAUCAUGCUGAUGGGCGUUCGGAAGCAAGGCCUGUGCUGCAUCUACUGUAAAUAUGCUGUCCACCAACGCUGUGUAUCCAACAGCAUUCCUGGAUGUGUGAAAACAUACUCCAAAGCCAAAAGGAGCGGUGAGGUGAUGCAGCACGCGUGGGUGGAAGGGAACUCCUCCGUCAAGUGUGACCGGUGCCACAAAAGUAUCAAGUGCUACCAGAGUGUCACCGCGCGGCACUGCGUGUGGUGCCGGAUGACGUUUCACCGCAAAUGUGAAUUGUCGACGGCGUGCGAUGGUGGGGAACUCAAAGACCACAUUUUGCUGCCUACCUCCAUAUGCCCUGUCACCCGAGACCGGCAAGCAGGGAAGUCCGAUAGCGGUGCGGCCGCCAAGGGUGAACUUGUAAUGCAGUAUAAGAUCAUCCCAAGUCCGGGGACGCAUCCCCUGCUGGUCCUGGUGAACCCUAAGAGUGGAGGAAGACAAGGAGAAAGAAUUCUUCGGAAAUUCCACUACCUGCUCAACCCCAAACAAGUUUUCAACCUGGACAACGGGGGGCCUACGCCAGGAUUGAACUUCUUUCAGGAUACCCCGGACUUCCGUGUUCUUGCCUGUGGCGGAGAUGGGACAGUUGGCUGGAUUUUGGAUUGCAUUGACAAGGCCAACUUCACAAAGCAUCCACCGGUGGCUGUCCUGCCUCUUGGGACAGGGAACGACCUCGCACGAUGUCUUCGCUGGGGAGGAGGUUACGAGGGGGGCAGCUUGACCAAAAUCCUGAAGGAAAUUGAACAGAGCCCCUUGGUGAUGCUGGACCGUUGGUACCUAGAGGUCAUGCCCAGGGAAGAGGUGGAGAAUGGAGACCAGGUCCCAUACAACAUCAUGAACAACUAUUUCUCCAUUGGUGUGGAUGCUUCCAUUGCACACAGAUUCCAUAUGAUGAGAGAGAAACACCCUGAAAAAUUCAACAGCAGGAUGAAGAACAAGCUGUGGUAUUUUGAAUUUGGUACCUCUGAAACCUUUGCAGCUACCUGCAAGAAGCUCCAUGACCACAUAGAGCUGGAGUGCGAUGGCGUUGAGGUGGACCUGAGCAAUAUCUUCCUGGAAGGCAUUGCCAUUCUUAACAUUCCCAGCAUGUACGGAGGCACCAAUCUCUGGGGAGAAACCAAGAAGAACCGAGCUGUGAUCCGGGAAAGCAGGAAGAGCGUCACAGACCCAAAGGAGCUGAAAUGUUGUGUCCAAGACCUCAGUGACCAGCUUCUUGAAGUGGUGGGUCUAGAGGGAGCCAUGGAGAUGGGACAGAUCUAUACCGGCCUGAAGAGUGCGGGCAGGAGGCUAGCCCAGUGCUCCUCUGUCACCAUUAGAACUAACAAGCUUCUACCGAUGCAAGUGGAUGGAGAGCCCUGGAUGCAGCCGCCAUGCAUGAUUAAAAUCACUCACAAAAACCAGGCACCUAUGAUGAUGGGGCCUCCCCAGAAGAGCAGCUUCUUUUCUCUGAGGAGGAAAAGCCGUUCAAAGGACUAAACCAUAUGCCAAGCACCAGCUCUACCAAGAAAGGAAAGAAGAAUAUACACGCACACGCACAUGCACACGCACCAAUGCAGACACACGCGCACACGAGCACGCACACACGUACGAACGCACGCAUGCACCUAUAACCAGAGGAAGCAAAGCCACCUUCCAGAGGGAAGUAUAAUCCUGCCAUGUGGUCUACCUAUUUUGAAAAUGGAUCCACUCCUCACAGAGCCAAUACCCAUGAGAUAUCCCGGAUGGACUCAGGGCCCACAAAGACGGGUUGGCUCAUACAGCGACUUUCACAUUCCCACAGGCUUUAGACUUUGAGCCUGAAGGAGACGUCUCCCUUUUUCUGCACCACACUCCAGUAAGGCUCCAGGCUGUAGGUUUCCUGCCUACAGCAAGAUCGGAUGUGGUCAAGGGAAAGCGCUCCAACCCAGAAAACUUGCACAAAAGUCCUUCUGUACAAAAACAAAACAGCCUACAGCUCUCCAAGCAAAAUCCUUGGCAGGGCUCAGCGAGCACAGGACGGUCUCUUUGCCGUCCUUCAAGCAACAGCUCCUCCCUUAACUUGCAGAGGAAAGCCAAGAAGCUGUGGAAAGCCGGUUCCAUUCUUGGUUCCCUCUGCUGUCCAUGGGUACUGGUUCGCUUCCUGAAGCAUCUCUCGGUGUCUGUUUUGCUUAGAGAGCAAACAAGGCUGCCGGGGCAGCAUACUUUAGAUGUGGUAUUUAUUUUCAUAGUUCCUAUGAACACUUGGGAGGGAGAGCUGAGAAAGUGGACUUUAUUUUUCAAAUUGAUGUCAUAAUAUUGUGUAAAAAGGAAAGAAAAAGAAAAAAAAAAACCCACUACCAGUACUCCCUACUCCUCACUACCACACAAGCCAAAGUGUGUCUCUUUGAAUCCCAAGCCCUGGUGGCAGAGACGAUGUGGGGAAGGGCGUUGGGGGGCUUUGCUGGGAAAACCAGGAGACAGUCGGUCAGGGGAUUCCCUGUUUGCACAUCCCACUCUCACAGUGUGGCAGAAGGGCUUUCUGAUGGCCUUCUAGAUGUACAUAAUAGAGCUUAUAUGUUUAUAUAUAAUAUAUAAAUAUUUAUUUACUGCCAGACUUUCCCUGAUUAGAAAUAAACAUAGUGUGGGAACAGAAUAUGGGAAAGAAAAAAAAAAAAAAGAAGGCCCUUACUCUCCCACUGUCAUUUGCUUGUAGAGACACAUUUCUCUGGCUGGUUUCAAGGUUUACGAGAAUUAUCUACAUCCGGGGAGCAACCAUGAAACAUGUGCCAUUCCAGCUUCAUUGUCCCAUUGGUUCAUAAGGAAACUGAGUUGUGAAAAAGUAAAAGGCUUCUCCACUGUAUCUUGGCUAAGGAGGUUUGACCGUAAAUGUUACUAAGGAAGUUGCUAAAAAAAAAAAAAAAAAAAAAAAACCUGCAUCUGGGAAGAAGGUUAUUUCUUGUCACUGAGGAUUGGUCAUACUUGGAUCCAGGUUCCCAGGGAGGAGCCAACAUAUAGCCAGUGAAUGGAUGGAGCAAGCCCACACAAGAGAAUGGGAGGUGGAGAAUUAAGCUAAUUUCCAAGUUCUUUAUGGCCUGUCCUACAUGGGGAGAAGUUGGCCUGAUUGUUGAAGGCACCAGACAGAUCAAUUGAUUGACCCUCCAUGUCACCUCAUCAUGGUCACCAGAUCUUCUUGCCUUGGAUACAUUCCUGGCUCCAUAUGUGACUUCUGUAAGAUGUUGCCAACCAGGACAGAAUAGUCUUGGUCAGGCUCAUCGGGCUUCAGUCAGUUGGUGCCAGCAUCUUCCUCCUCUCCAGAGGGCAACUCUACACAGUAUCAUUGGUAGAAAGCAUCCUUUGCCUCAGCCCCCUGGCUCACCUGGACCUUCAUUUCUGUCUCAAGUUUCUCAAGAGGGAAUCCGGGCCCAGUUGACAUCACUCCACUGAGCUGCCUCCUGUCUUGCCAUAGACAAGGAAGGGUGUAUGAAGAAUCUACAAAUUGAGCCCACCUCUGAAGAAAGCGCUCAUCUAGAAUCUAGACGUGGAACACUCCUGCUCAACAAACAUGCUUCUACUGAGCAAGGGAAAAACUCAGGUCACAUAAAGAGCAUGCUGGUGGGAUGCUCAGAGAUGUGACCAAACAGCUCCCAAAUGACAGCAAGUACUACCUGGGAAGCCACUUGGUUCUGAAACUGAGGUGGGUUCCACCUCAAGGUCACUGCUUCUAAAAGAUUUGCAGACGUGUUUUGUGUGUGUUCCGGCUCCGAUCUCCCAAGGUUACAGAUGUUGAGACAGAAACAUCAGUAGGUGAAAUGGAUCCCCAGAGACUCACACGUCUUUCCAUGGGGCCCUGCAGAGGUUAAAUGUUACUUGACAGACACUGCCCAGUCCUUUUCAGAGGCACAGAGUAUGAAACUUCAUGGCAUUGCACCUCUGAUUUGCUAAUCUUAGUAGGUCCCGUGUUGUUGUUUAAUCUUACCUUACAAGUCAUCUUUUAAACACCAGGACUGUGGUUUCUUAUUGUGUAGUGUAUCAUCCAAGCGACCCCCACACCAAGCUCUAAGGUUAACCAACAAAGUAUUAUUAUCUCUACCCUACAGAGGAGAAAUGAAGCUUACCAGUGUCUCGUAGCUUCUUAAAGUUACAUGGUCAAGGGAGAGCCUGGUCCCUUAUGUCUUAUCCUGCUCAGAUUCCUUCUACACUGUGGAUGUGUCCUCACCUGCCUUCAUGCUGCUACCCCACUAGCAAUAAAAACAAUGAAACUGGAAA